GCAAAAAUAGAAAAAUGACGAAAUAAAUAAUAAAUGACGCUUGUUUUAGCGAUAAUAAAUUGCGCUCCGUUUUCUAAUAAUCGUUGUUUGCUCGAUGAAUAGUGCCGAGGACGGGAAACGUGAAUAAUUCGUGAAUUUAUUUGUUACUAUUUUCGUAUAUAAUAGGUAUUUUUUUCCACGUUCGAUCGACCGGUACAACCCACUCGAACCCAUCCGCGUCGAAACGAUUUCCGGUAAAUGAAAUAUUCAACCGAUGGAGUUUUAAACACCCCUUUCAAGCGUGCAUAGGCAUCCUUAAUGAGGUUGAAAAUGAAUCAAGAACCCCUAGGGGUAGCUCCUGACGUAAUACUGCCACUUUCGCUCACCAGAUGGGGCGACACGAUACCUUCCCAGUACUUCACAGACUACAGCGCCAUCUCGGAAAUCAAACACACGCCUUCUCCGUUCCGUUGCGAUGCCGACAUCAAUCAAAAAAUUAUCUUAUGGACAGGUGAUAUUUCUUCUCUACAAGCAGACGCCGUCGUCAAUUCGACAAACGAAUCCAUGACAGAAAGCAAUCCGAUUAGCGAUAGAAUUUUUUUACGGGCCGGUUCCGAAUUGAAAGAGGAAAUCCACCUGGACGUUAGAGAAUGCCGAACAGGAGAGGUCCGGGUGACCCAAGGCCAUGCACUGCCCGCUCGGUAUAUCAUCCAUACCGUAGGACCCAAAUACAAUAUUAAGUACAAGUCCGCUUCGGAGAAUACCUUGCAUAUUUGUUACAGAAACGUUCUUCAAAAGGCCAAUGAAAUAGGCCUUCGUUCCGUGGCGAUUCCAGUUAUUAAUUCGGUCAAAAGAAACUAUCCACCAGACGAAGGAGCUCAUAUUGCACUGCGUACUGUGCGACGUUUCCUCGAAAAUCACUGCAGUUCGUUAGACACUGUGAUAUUUGUUGUCGAUAAAGUAGAUUUAGGUAUAUACGAAGUUCUGUUGCCGCUGUAUUUUCCGCGAUCCAAGCUGGAGGAAGAAUCGGCAAGGUAUCAAUUGCCCGCCGAUGUCGGGGGACACGACGGCGAGCCAAUCAUGCCCGAAAGGCAAAUACGAAUCAUUGACAAUCCGCAGCACGCGUUGCACCCCGAUGAAGAGUCCUCCGUGGAGCUUUCGUCGCAUUUGGAGACCUCCAUAAACGUGGGAGAUCAUGUUUUCAGCCAAAUGCAAGGGGAUCUCGACCAGCAGAGGUUGCUGGGCGAGCGAUCCUACAACGAUCCUUUGGCCGAUAUUAUGGUGAAAGAGAUACAACACCAGGAAAGAUACGAGAGGCUGUUGAGACGUGCCAAAACCGAGGAUUUGACGGAAGUCUCGGGCAUAGGGUGUUUGUACCAAAGCGGCGUCGACAGGCUGGGCAGGCCUGUCAUUGUAUUUAUCGGAAAAUGGUUUCCCUUCAACAAAAUCAACUUAGAUAAGGCACUUUUGUACCUUAUCACGCUGUUGGAUCCGAUCGUCAAAGGCGAUUACGUGAUAAUCUACUUCCAUACGUUGACGUCGAGCAACAAUUACCCAUCGUUCUCUUGGUUGAAGGAGGUCUACAACGUUCUACCGUACAAAUACAAGAAGAACUUGAAAGCUUUCUACGUUAUACAUCCCACGUUUUGGACCAAGAUGAUGACGUGGUGGUUCACGACGUUCAUGGCGCCGGCAAUAAAACAGAAGGUCCACAGUUUGCAGGGCGUGGAAUAUCUCUACGCCGUCAUGUCGCCGGACCAGCUCGAAAUACCGGCUUUCAUUACCGAAUACGACAUGACUAUCAACGGUAUCAGAUACUUCCAGCCGGUGACGAGAUAACCUGUGGACGUUCGAGAAUGAAUCCGAAUCUAACGUUAAACAUUUUCCCCCGAGGUGAUAAGUCGCAAUAUAUUUUUCAUCUAGUGCUAAAAAAAAAUGAGUUGUGUGCCAACUAAGCAAAAUAAUAAGUACCUACAGUAUAUUAGUACCUACACACCUUUUGUGAGUACCUACGAGAUGCGCUAGAUCGAGUUAAUCCCCCGUAUUAAUCUAAACGUAAUUGUUACCUUGACAAGUAAAUAUUAAGGUAUCUAGAUUUAGUGUUUACGAAUUGACCGGGGGCCGAGGUGACUUGAUCGGCGACAUGAAUAGUUUAUAUUCCGCGAAAGAAACUCUGCUACGUCGAAUUUAUACAUGAAGGGGGUUUCGAAGGGCGUUCGAAACGCCGUGUAUAAUCAAAAAUAGAGCUUUGCUGAAGUCUAUUAUAAGCGAGUUACGUAAAAAUUAGGUCGAAAAUCAAAUCGUUAUACAGCGUGUCCCAAUGAAAAGUAGCCCAUUUAAUGAGCUUAUAAUAGACGUUUAACUCGCUAAAGGGGCUACUUUAAUUUGGGACACCCUGUAUUGCAGGAAGUAACGUUUCUGCGUAUGUAAAAGCAAUUAAUACUACUACUGGUAGUGUAGAUGAUCGAUUAAUGAAUGGGAAGUCCACGCAAACAUCUUUAUUAGAUGGGAAAGCUCAAUUAAAGCGCGUGGACUUGGCAUUUUUUACCGGUUUUAUAAUCCUCAACGCAUUCGAGAAGGUGAAUAUUUCCUAAUACGUGAACAUUUAGAGAACUAAUUAUACACUUCUCUACUCAUUUACUUGUAGGUUUCUAAGCAAUUUUCGAAGGUUUCUGUUGUGUACACUUAUACCUAAUGGUUUUUAUAAUUUGUAACCAAAAUUUUGAUUUUAUAGAGAAAAAUAAUCUGUUUCUAAAUAGACUAUAUUUAUCGAAUAAAUCGGUUUACCUGAAACAAAAAAAACAAGCGUACCUGUGACUCUACGAUCGUGUUUAUUCGUUAUUCCAAUGAAAAUAGUUGCAUUGCAAAUUGCAUUUAUAUAAGUGUUAUACAGGGUGUUUGUGAAACAAGUGAACCGUUUUCACGAAAAAUGACUUUUAAAACUCCGAUACACAAAAUUAUUGUCUUUAAUAAUCUAGUAGGAAUGAAUUGUUUCAAAAACUUGACAUUUUGAGGUUCUCAACUUGCUCCCACAGUUUGACCACUUAUUUCAGAAACGCCCUGUAUAUAGAUUGUUUUUUUGCACUUUUAAAUUGUUAUAAACUCAUUCAUUUCAUUCGUAUCGUUUGUAGAAAUAAAAUAAUUUUACGAGACAAUCCCCUUUCGCACCAUUUUUGCUUGACAUGGCUGUACUCCGUAUUAAUAAGUAUACUUUAUUUAAGGUAGUUUAUUCGUACAUUUGGACUUUUUUAUUUUCGCUUUUUUAGUUGUUUUAGUAUUGGAAAACUCCCGCUAACGCUGUUAAUAGUACUAUUUCGGCAUUUCGUUUGCGGCCUAUUCACAAACGAAGUACCAUCGAAGACAUUUUAUGAUUGUUUAUUCGUGUUAUCGAUGGUGCAAUUGCCUCUACUCCUAUUUAAUCUAUUAUAGAGCGAAGGAUUUUAUUUCGUUAAUUAAGAAUACGCAUAAUGUAUAAUUACGUAAAGAUAAAGAAAUAUAGAGAAAUCGUUAUAAAGUACAUUGUAAUUAUUAAAAUAAAAAAAAAUAUUUCCGUUACUUUCCGAACUUUGUUGUUCAUCAAUCGUGUAUUAAAAGAGAAGAUAUCCUUGUUGUUGAUGAAAAUAUGUUUGAUUUUAUAUGAAAAGUUGUAAUCUGUUAAUGUAACCGUAAUUUAAACAAUCGGCGUAUGCCAAUUUGUUGUUUUUUAAUCGUACAAAUGAAUAAUUUGCUAUUGAAAAUAAAAUGAAAUCACUAACGUU